AUGCCAUUGUUCGCAUAUUUACUGAAUCAAAAAACUCCAACGAGUAAAAUAAGCCUAGCGGAACGACGUUGGUUUAUUUUAAUAUUUUCAUUUUGGGUUGGUGCAUCGACGCAUUUCAUUUUGAUUAAUUGGGAUCUUGGAAUAUUUCCACCACCGCCACUAUAUUCACCAACACUUGUAGCAUUACUUUUUGAGUUUCUUGGUCCAAUGGUAGCUUAUGAUCGAUCGUUAUUUCUCUUGAGUACCAUUGGUAUUGCAUCAUGCGUGUGUUUCACGUAUAGCUAUAUUUAUACCUGCUUCACGUUCACGUAUUUCUAUACCUCUCUGAUAGCAAUCGCAUCGUCAUUUUAUAGCAUGCAACAACACCUUGCUGAUCCAAAAUUAGGUCAUGUUCUACUCCCAAUUUAUUCAAUGUACAAUCAAUUAGUGAUAACACUUAUUUUUGGCCACUAUCUCUGGGAUCGUAAUCCGAAUGCAAUCAAACCCAAUACAUUGGAAGAACGAUAUACGUUGCUGUUACGUCGAUUGCACUAA